AAGGGCAGAGACACAAACUACUUCAAGGAAAUCUCACCAUUGUGGGAGGGGCAGAGACACAAACUACUUCAAGGAAAUCUCUCCAUUGUGGGAGGGGCAGAGACACAAACUACUUCAAGGAAAUCUCACCAUUGUGGGAGGGGCAGAGACACAAACUACUUCAAGGAAAUCUCUCCAUUGUGGGAGGGGCAGAGACACAAACUACUUCAAGGAAAUCUCACCAUUGUGGGAGGGGCAGAGACACAAACUACUGAGGGAAACCUCCCCCAUUGUGGGAGGGGCAGAGACACAAACUACUUCAAGGAAAUCUCUCCAUUGUGGGAGGGGCAGAGACACAAACUACUUCAAGGAAAUCUCACCAUUGUGGGAGGGGCAGAGACACAAACUACUGAAGGAAACCUCCCCAUUGUGGGAGGGGCAGAGACACAAACUACUUCAAGGAAAUCUCCCCAUUGUGGGAGAGGCAGAGACACAAACCACUGGGGGAAAUCUCCCCAUUGUGGGAGGGGCAGAGACACCAACUACUGC